AGUCGGGGACAAUGUUCUCCACUUGGCCCAGCGCCACGGUGUGGACCUGGAAGGAGCCUGUGAAGCCUCUCUGGCGUGCUCCACCUGCCAUGUGUAUGUGAGUGAGGCCCACCUGGAUCUUCUGCCUCCCCCUGAGGAGAGGAGAACUCGCGCCUAGGCUGCCAGAUCGUGCUGACCCCUGAGCUGGAAGGGGCUGAAUUCACCCUGCCCAAGAUCACCAGGAACUUCUAUGUGGAUGGACAUGUCCCCAAGCCCCACUGACAUGGGCAGCAGGACUGUCCCCCACACCACCAUGGCCCCAGGGCCAGGACUUGAAGGAAUAGUCGAGCCGCCAGCCCAGCCCAGCCCGGAGUGCGAACAGGCUGGAGAGAGAUGUCAGGAGCACGGCGAAGGCCAGAGACCAUGCUUGGAGAGAUCACUGUGUCCAGAGUCUGGAGGGGACAGGGCCCCUACUUGGGGUGCCAUCCCCCAGCCCCUAAGAAUGGGAGCGUGAGCAGGGGUGGACUCAAAUUGGAGCUGCAAUAAAACUGUCUCAUAGAUUUCCAGCAUGUCGAGUGUCCUUGGGGGACCCCACAUUCUGCAUCUGCUGGAACCCCAGCUCUCCUGCCGGGCAGCAAGAGAUGACCACUGGGGAUCUGAGGCAGAGCAGGUUGCCCCGGCGGUGAGGCCCCGCCCCUGCAGCUGCGGAGGGAUUUGGAGGGAUAGAGGCUGCCCUUGGCCCUGAGGGGUGUGCAGGUGACCUGAGUAAAGCCAGGAAGGAGAGGCAGCGCUGAGGAGACCCCAGCGGCCCGCCCCACCCAGCUGGGGCUCAUUGCACCCUCGGGCAGCGGCCACAGGGCUUUCCACCCCUUGGUGGUGGGGCGGGGCUGGGGUGUGACUGCCAAGACCCCGACCUGAUGCUGCUGGGAGAGCUCCUGGCGUCUCGCUGUCUGGACGUGGAGCCGCCAAGACCCUCCGCCCAGCAGAAGCCGAGGCCUCCCGGAUGCUUCAGGCUCAGUGGCAGGUCCCUCUGGCCUGGAUGCCAGGACUCCAUCACUGCCCUGGGCUUCCUUCAAGAGACAGAAGAGGGGCUGGCCCUGCCCCCAACUCAGGACCCCCUGGCCCUGGUACCCUGCUGGGGACCAAUGACCCUGGGGACUUUGGACCCCUUAACUAUGGCCAGGAAUUCCAAGAACAUGCAGACCCCAGUCAGCCAGAAGCGCUGCAGCAUGGUGCCCCCUGAGGGUCCUCCAGCCCCACCCCAGAGAAGACCACGCAAACAGCCGCACCCCUGCCGGGGCACUGAGAAAGGGGACCCCACGUUCCAAGGAGUGACUCUGACUUUUGAGUUAAAGCCGGACUGCAGCCUGCAGAUCUUGCCCACCUACAGCAGCCACUCUCAGGGACCACCCUCAAGCCCUGCCAGUGCCCCUGAGCCCAGCCCUGGAGGCAGCGAGGCCCAGGCUCCACGAUGCUGUGCCUCCUGUAGGACCCAGAGGACCCCUCUCUGGAGAGAUGCUGAAGAUGGGACCCCUCUCUGCAAUGCCUGUGGUACAAGAAAUAUGGUACCCGUUGUUCCAGUUGCUGGCUGGUGCCCAGGAAAAGUGUCCAGCCCAAGAAGCUGUGUGGCAGAUGUGGGUUGUCCAUGGACCCCCACCAAGACCCAACUCAGGAAAUGUAAGCCCUUCUUCACUCAAGUGACCUGGUUCUGCCUCAGUUUUCCUAGGGGAAGAAUGGGCAGAACUCCUAGGAGUAAGGAAAGUCAAGCCUGUCUCCUGUCUCUCCCAGGAAGAGUAUCCAGGCUCAGUCCCCAGAUUCCCUGUUUCAUGAGGUCACCCCCCCUGGUUCAGCCCCUUCUCCAGUCGGGCUUGAUUGGACUCCAAAUAAAGGAAACUGUUUCAGCUGUGACUGUUGUUAUUGCUGUUAAUACUUUGAGAAAGCCUGAGCUACUCAGAGCAGUGUGAUUUCGGAAUCCCAUUCUGGGUACUUUCCUUCACUUCUCCCCAUCCUGGGAAGAUGGGGGCAGGUGUUUCAUUGGGGUUGUGAGGAACACACACACACACACACACACACAC